GUAAAACAACUAAUGUUCAGUAAUGUAACUGUCAAAGUCAAUAUACAGACUCAUCCAGUCCAGUCCAGUCCAGACCAAAAAAACCUAACGCGCCGCGCUUAUUUCUGUGUCGGCGUUUCAUACAGUGUUUAUUAUUUCAUUAUUUUAAUACAUGUACUUUUAAGUUAAGAAGCUUAGCGAGGAAUACUUUUUCUUCUCAUUAAGUUAUUUCAGUUUUGAAAGCGAACCAAUAAAAAUGCCCCUUUUAGAUGGAAAAGAAAUUGAUAUAUUUUUUAGUGAAGAAGACUUGCCUUAUGAAGAAGAAAUACUGAGGAAUCCAUUUUCUGUCAAACAUUGGCUUCGUUACAUAGAACAUAAGAAAGCAGCACCUAAAAAUGAAAUCAAUAUGAUAUAUGAGAGAGCCCUUAAGGAGUUACCGGGAUCAUUUAAAUUAUGGUAUAAUUAUCUUAAACUUAGAAGAAGUCAAAUUCGUGGCCGGUGUAUUACUGACCCAUGUUAUGAAGAUGUAAACAAUUGCUUUGAAAGGUCUCUAGUAUUUAUGCACAAAAUGCCUCGACUUUGGAUGGAUUACUGUACCUUUUUGACAGAUCAAUGCAAAAUAACUGUGACAAGAAAAGCAUUUGAUAGUGCUUUACGUGCAUUACCUAUAACUCAACAUCACAGAAUAUGGCCAUUAUAUCUAAUUUUUUUGAAAAAACAUGACAUUCCUGAAACUGCAAUAAGAGUAUUUCGGCGAUAUUUGAAGCUUUGCCCAGAGGAUACUGAAGAAUAUAUUGACUAUUUGAUAUCAAUCAACAAAUUAGAUGAAGCAGCUCUAAAACUAGCUCAGAUUGUAAAUAAUGAAAAUUUUCAAUCCAAACAUGGUAAAUCAAACCAUCAGCUAUGGAAUGAAUUAUGUGAACUAAUAUCUAAAAAUCCUGACAAAAUACAUUCUCUAAAUGUAGAUGCAAUUAUAAGAGGUGGUCUCAGAAGAUACACUGAUCAACUAGGACAUUUAUGGAAUUCUCUGGCAGAUUAUUAUGUAAGAAGUGGUCUUUUUGAAAGAGCCAGGGAUAUUUAUGAAGAAGCUAUACAAACAGUAACAACUGUUCGAGAUUUUACUCAAGUAUUUGAUGCAUAUGCACAGUUCGAGGAACUUAGUUUAAGCAAGAAAAUGGAAGAAGUUGCUAAAAAGCCAAAUCCUUCUGAAGAUGAUGAUAUUGAUUUAGAGCUAAGACUAGCCAGAUUUGAAUAUCUCAUGGAGAGGAGACUCCUACUCCUAAAUUCUGUUUUAUUGAGACAAAAUCCACACAAUGUAGCUGAAUGGCACAAGAGGGUAAAAUUGUAUGAAGGAAAACCUCAUGAAAUCAUUGAUACUUAUACUGAAGCUGUUCAAACAGUAGAUCCUAAACUUGCAGUAGGAAAGCUUUAUACUUUAUGGGUUGGUUUUGCUAAAUUUUAUGAGAAAAAUGAACAGAUAGAAGAUGCAAGAGUCAUUUUUGAGAAAGCGACUCAGGUAAUGUAUGCUAAAGUUGAUGAUUUGGCUUCUGUUUGGUGUGAAUGGGCUGAAAUGGAAAUAAGACAUGAAAAUUACGAAGAAGCUCUCAAACUGAUGCAAAAAGCUACAGUUCUACCAAGCAGAAAAGUGGCUUACCAUGAUGAUACAGAAACUGUACAAAUGCGCCUAUACAAGUCUCUAAAAGUUUGGUCAAUGUAUGCAGAUUUAGAAGAAAGUUUUGGCACAUACAAGUCGUGCAAAGCUGUUUAUGAUCAUAUAAUUGAUUUGAAGAUAGCCACUCCACAAAUAAUAAUAAAUUAUGGAUUAUUUUUAGAAGAAAAUAAUUACUUUGAAGAAGCUUUUAGAGCUUAUGAGAAAGGUAUUGCAUUAUUCAAAUGGCCAAAUGUAUAUGAUAUUUGGAAUACAUACCUCUCAAAGUUUUUGAAAAGAUAUGGGGGCACUAAACUUGAAAGAGCAAGAGAUUUGUUUGAACAAUGUCUUGAACACUGUCCACCUGAAUUUGCAAAAUCAAUUUUUUUACUUUAUGCUAAAUUGGAAGAAGAUCAUGGUUUAGCCAGGCAUGCUAUGUCAGUUUAUGAGCGUGCGACAACUGCAGUUUUGCCAGAGCAGAUGUUUGAAAUGUAUAAUAUCUAUAUCAAAAAAGCUGCUGAAAUUUAUGGGGUUCCGAAAACUCGCCAAAUUUAUGAAAAAGCAAUUGAAACAUUGCCAGAAGAAAAGGCUAGAGAAAUGUGUAUUAGAUUUUCUGAGAUGGAGACUAAACUAGGAGAAAUUGACCGAGCUCGUGCUAUCUAUGCCCAUUGUAGCCAAAUGUGUGAUCCAAGAAUUACUGCAGAUUUUUGGAAUACUUGGAAAGAGUUUGAAGUAAGACAUGGGAAUGAAGACACAAUGCGUGAAAUGCUUAGGAUUAAGAGAAGUGUACAAGCUACAUAUAACACCCAAGUCAAUAUGAUGUCAGCCCAGAUGUUGAGCUCUGCUGCCCAAGCUGCUGGUACAGUUUCAGAUCUUGCUCCAGGAAUAAAGGAUGGUAUGAGAAUGUUGGAAGCAAAAGCUGCAGAAAUGGCAGUCCAAAGUAAAGGCAAUAUCAUGUUUGUACGAGGAGAAACACAAGGUCUUAAAGAAAGCUCUGAAAAAGUUGUUAAUCCUGAUGAGAUUGACAUUGAUGAGGACUCUGAUAAUAGUGAAGAAGAUGAUGGGGAAGUCGCCCCAGUUCAGAAAAAAGAAAUUCCAGCUGCUGUGUUUGGUGGUUUACUACCAGAAACCAAAUAAAAACUCUGUAUUAAUAUUUUCAAUAAUAAAUCAACUGUUUAUUUUAUAA